CCUCCGGAGGGGAGGCGGGGCUGCUCUGUUGCGUGGACUCGGCUGCUCCGGAGGCUGCACGCGCGGUGAGGAGCCGAGGGAGGUGGACGGCAGGGCUCCCGGGGACCCUCGGUGCUGUGAGGCCCGCUCGGAUAAUUAAGGAACCUCUGAUGACAUCAUGACCAGGUGGGCAAGAGUUAGUACCACCCAUAAUAAGAGGCCCUUGUCUGCAACAUCAUGGGAGGACAUGAAGAAAGGAUCCUUAGAAGGAAGGAGCCAGAACCUUCCAAAACAUCAACAACUUGAAGCCAGUAGGUUGUCCCUUAAGAAUGAUGCACACCAGGCCAAGCAUAAAAAGAACAAAAAGAAAAAGGAGUACUUAAAUGAAGAUGUGAAUGGGUUCAUGGAAUACCUAAGACAGAACUCCCAGAUGGUUCACAAUGGAGAGAUAAUAGCAACAAACAGCCAGGAAGUAAGAGAAGAAAUUGCAGUUGCUUUAAAGAAAGACAGUCGGCGGGAAGGAAGACGAUUAAAAAGACAAGCAGCAAAGAAAAAUGCAAUGGUAUGCUUCCAUUGUAGGAAACCUGGCCAUGGAGUUGCAGAUUGCCCAGCUGCCCUUGAAAAUCAAGAUAUGGGCACUGGAAUAUGCUAUCGGUGUGGGUCCACAGAACAUGAAAUAACCAAGUGCAGAGCUAAAGUUGACCCCGCUCUGGGCGAGUUUCCAUUUGCAAAAUGUUUUGUUUGUGGAGAGAUGGGGCACCUGUCCAGAUCCUGUCCUGAUAAUCCCAAAGGAGUCUAUGCUGAUGGUGGUGGUUGCAAACUCUGUGGCUCUGUGGAACAUUUUAAGAAAGAUUGCCCUGAGAGUCAGAAUCCAGAUCGAGUGGUUACAGUUGGUCGCUGGGCAAAGGGGAUGAGUGCAGACUAUGAAGAAAUAUUGGAUGUCCCUAAACCACAGAAACCUAAAACAAAAAUACCAAAAGUCGUUAACUUUUAAUAAAGAUUACUACUGUUGUUAA